GGAUGGAGAGGGCGCGAUGAAGACGUGAGGGAAUAGGUCUCUCACGAAAUGCAAGAGAAAUGCAGUUGAGAUGCGUGCGUGACCCACAAACUGCGGAAUACCCGUGGUACUCGAAAAUCCAGCGUUCAACGGCAAGAUAAUGAAGCGAACGAGCGGGGACGCGCAGGAGUGAGUAAUCGGACACGGGGAUAGCGGAUAAGUUCCAUGACUGCAGUGGCACCGUUGAAGCAGCGGACUCCGGAGGGGGGAAUAACGUUGAAUAAAGCCUAUUAAUAACAUUCACAGAAUGGGCUGAUUAUUGAUGAUACGAGGAACCUAAAUGAAUGACGUACUAAGCCUAAGGGUGCUUCAGAAAGUAACGGUCCGGCUUCGGGCGACAGCCUGUUUUUUUCCGGGUGGAGUUUGACUGCGCUUCAUGCAGAAGAUAGAAGCCGAAUGAAUGCGUACCCGGGACACACAGCAAGAAAACAGUCCAAGAACGAUGGCAGCCAAUCCAGAUCCAAGGUUGCUACGGGUGACAGUCCUCCAUGAGUACAUUGGCCACCGGGUCUUCCAGGUCCCGCCCUCCGUUGCCGUCGGAGACGUGAAACAGCGAAUCCAUGAAGACACGGGCCUCCCUACAGCAGAGCAGCAGCUGCUCCACAACGGGAAACCGCUGCGGGAUGGAGUUCAGACUGGCAGCCUGGUGCACCCUGGGAGUCAUGAAAUAUUCAUGACACUCCAAGGAAGGGGCCUGAAAGGGGGAGGGAGGUUUGGCCAGACCACGCCACCCUUGGUUGAGUUUCUGAAAGAUAUUCUGCGGAGGUAUCCUGAAGGGGGACAGAUUCUAAAAGAACUGAUCCAGAAUGCAGAAGACGCAGGUGCCACGGCGGUGAAGUUCAUGUACGAUGAGACUGAGUACGGGCAGGAGUCGCUCUGGGCCAAUGACAUGGCGCAGUAUCAAGGUGCGGCUCUGUAUGUGUAUAAUAACGCGGUGUUUUCGACGGAAGACUGGAACGGCAUUCAGGAAAUCGCCAGGAGUAGAAAGAGGGACGACCCCCUGAAAGUUGGACGGUUUGGAAUUGGAUUCAACUCGGUGUACCACAUAACAGAUGUCCCCAGCAUCUUCAGUGGUGACCAGAUCGGCGUGCUGGACCCUCACCAGACCUUGUUCGGGCCCCACGAGUCGGGGCAGUGCUGGAACCUCCGGUCGGACAUGAAGGAGAUCACGGAGCAUGCGGACCAGUUCGCCCCGUACGCCGGCCUGUUCGGCAGCUCAGAGCAGACCUUCCAGGACGGGAGCUUCCCCGGCACGCUGUUCCGCUUCCCUCUGCGCGUCAAGCCCUCCCUGCUGAGCCCGAACAUCUACAACAAGGAGAAGGUUCUGGAGCUGUUCGAGUCCUUCAAGGCCGACGCGGACACGGUGCUGCUGUUCCUGAAGAGCGUGCAGGAGGUGUCGCUGCACAUGCGGGAGUCCGACGGCACGGAGCGGACGCUGUUCCGCGUGACGGCCGGCGAGGACCCCGACGGCAAGCUGGAGAGGCCGGGCUCGCUGAAGUCGCUGGGGCUGGCCAUCGACAGCUACGGCAACGGCGUUCCCAGCGGGGGCGAGGGGGUCACCUGCGCCACCUACCAGGUGAACAUCGAGACGCAGGACGAGGCCAAGGAGACGCAGCGGACGACCUGGCUGGUGUGCAACUCGGUCGGGGGCCGCGGCGUGUGCGCCGAGCUGGACGCGCUCGCCGACGACCUCAAGUUCAUCCCCGCCAUCGGCAUCGCCCUGCCGCUGACCCCGGCCCACGGGGACGAGGGGGCCAGCGCCCAGUUCCCGGGCCGCGCCUUCUGCUUCCUGCCGCUGCCCCCGGGAGAGGAGAGCGCCACCGGCCUGCCUGUCCACGUCAGCGGCUUCUUCGGCCUCACCGACAACCGGCGGAGCAUCAAGUGGAGGGAGGUGGACCAGUGGAGGGACCCGGCCGCGCUGUGGAACGAGCUGCUGGUGCUCACCGUCAUCCCGCGGGCCUACUUCACCCUGCUGUGCGAGGCGGUCCGGCGCAUCCAGACCCAGGAGGACCAGGACUUCCCCCUGCCUCCCCAGGGCGCGUACGCGGCGUGGCCCGACCCCCAGAGGGUGCGGUCGCACUGGAAGCCCAUCCUGGAGCCGCUGUUCCGGGACCUGCUGCAGCAGAAGGUGGUGUACUCCCUGAGCGGGAGCUGGAUGGCGGCGCAGGAGGUGGUGUUCUCCGAGCUGGAGGAGGGCGAGGCCGUGUCCCAGGCGGUGAUCGGGUUCCUGCAGGCCGCCGGGUUGCAGGUGGCCAAGGUGCCCCCUGCUGUGGACACGGUUCUGACCGCCUACACCUCCCCGCCGGGGGUGGUCACCAAGGUGACCCCGGCUCUGCUGCGGCAGGUGCUGAGGAAGACCCGACACAAGGGGUCCUCGCAGGAGAAACUGCUCCUGCUCGAGUUCGUCCUCGGAGAUGCCUGCUACAGCGAGCUCAUCGGGCUGGAGCUCCUCCCCCUCCAGAAUGAGACGUUUGUGGCCUUCUCUUCCUCCGUGAACGAAAAGGAUGCGGUCUAUAUCACCUCAGAGGAGUACCCAAGAACUCUUUACCCUGGCCUGGAGGGACGAUUUGUCCUGGACAGCAUAAAACCUACAGUGAUGAACAGCCUGAAACAAGCAGCCAAAAGCAGAGUGCAGCAGUUCCUCUGGGGCUGUUCAGGGAGACCCUGCACCCAGGUACAGCUACCCACGCCUGAGAGAUCAGCUCGCCUCAUUAAGGAGAUCCUCUCCACAGCUUGGCCUUCCAGGGAUAUUGCAGUUCAGUGGAACCCAGGAAACCGAGAGAAAAAACAUCCCUCCAUCCCUUGGCUGAAAAUGGUGUGGAAGCACCUCUAUAUAAAUUUUGCUGAUGACCUCAGCAUCUUCGAAGACAUGCCUUUGAUCCCAAAUGUGCCACUUGCUGACAACAUGGACUCCCUGGAGCUUCUGCGUCUCAGAACUCCAUCUCCCAUCAUUCUGAUAGAUGAGGAAGAGGCCCCACUCCCGGAAAGCCUUCCAGAGAUCAUGAAGAAGCUUGGGGUAGUUGUCAUAGAGAAGCUUGACUCCUGCCUUCAGCAUCCGCUCCUCAAAAACUACAUACAUCUGUUAUCUCCCAGCACACUGUUGCACGUUAUGGACAGGUACCCUUCCCAGAGGGUGGUCAGCCAGAUUUCGUCCUUGGAUGGCAAACAUAAGGUCGUGUUGAGAGGGUUCUUAGCUGGCUUAUCAGAGGUUACAGAGAAAGAGAAAUAUAUCCUCCAGGAGCUUGCCAUCUUUGAGAAAAUAGGCCCCUGCACAGAGAAAGGCAUGCCGAUGUUCAUCCCACUGAAAGGGGCCAGAGCAUUACACCAUAGUGCUAAGCUUCCUGCAGAUCUCAGGCUAUCCGUCAACAUCAUUGACUGCAGUGAUGAGGCCACCAUCAGGCUGAUUAAAAUGCUACGUGUGGAACAGAUUAAGAGCACUGAAUGUCUAAAGUUGAUUGUUCAGGAUCUGGAAAAGAACUUCUAUGCCAAAGAUGAAGUUACUAAAAUCAUGUUCUGGGUGCUGGAGCAUUUGUCCUUCCUCAAGAAUGAAAAUCCAUCUGUGAUUAAGUUGCUGUCAUCCCAGAAGUUCAUUCUGGCCUCUUCAGGAAAGCCCAUUGCUGCCACUGAUCUUUUUGAUCCAGAGCUGGAGAUUUUACAGAACCUCUUCUACAUGGAAGAGAAGACCAGGUUUCCUCCGAGCACAUACACCUCAUCGCCUGACAUUCUCCACUCUCUUCGACAGCUGGGACUGAAGUGUGAGGUGCAGCUCACUGAAAAGGACGUGCUUCAAGUUGCACGGAAAAUUGAGGAUUUGCAAGGCGGCAGCAAGCCUGACUGGGAUGCCUUGCUGAAGAAAGCUAAAACACUGCUAACAAUUCUGAACAAGCAGACUAAACUAGUAAAAUCUUCUGAAGUUCAAUCUGCCUUACAGAAACUAAAAUGGGUGCCAGUCUGCAAAGAAAGGCCGCUGAAUUACCCACAAUCACUGGCCUGGAAGGGAGACUCUUUCAAUAUCAGCUCAUUCUCUGAAAUGUGUGACAUAUCUCAUGCAGUGCUGGUAGGUUCUUCAGUCGCCCUUGUGGAACGCACCUCUGCUGGAAUGAAAAAAGCCCUGAAGUUAUCCAUUGAGCCCCAAGUGGAUCAAGUUCUACAGCACUUACAGGCUAUCAAUGACUGGCACAGGUCACAAGCUUUUACCACAGAAGACUGGUACCAAUUCCAGCAAAUUCUCACCGAAAUCUAUGACUUCAUGCAAGCACAUCUAGAAGGCGCGAGAGUAGCAAUGAAGUCACUGCCCUUUGAUUGGGUCUGGACUGGCAAAACAUUCUCCUCUCCUGGUCAAACUGUUUUAAAACCCAUCCCUGACUUAGAUCUUCAACCAUACUUGUACUCUUUACCAAAAACCAUAGCUAAGUUUCACAAGCUGUUUCUGUUCUGUGGCUCAGUGGAAGAGGUCCUCCCUAGUCAUGUUUUUGAUGUGGUCAACACUGUCAAAAAAAGGACUGAGGAAGAACUGCCAAAGGAGGAGAGCAAACACAAUCUCCUCCUCCUGAUCAACAUCUUAAGGUGGCUGUACAACAGCCAGAUUUCAGUUGAUAACAACAUGCAUGUACCAAUCCUUAACUACAAGGAUACAAGCAAACUGGCAAUGAAACCCAUUCAUGAAUGCACUUACUGCGACAUCAAAGUGGAUGAUUUGAAUGACCUGCUUGACGAUGUUUCAGAGCCCAUCAUUCUAGUUCACGAUGACAUCCCAAUGAAGACUGCAGAAUGGCUGAAAGUGCCAUGUCUUAGCACAAGACUGAUCAACCCAGAGAACCUUGGAUUUGAGCAGUCGGGCCAGAGAGAACCACUGACCGUGAGAAUCAAGAACAUUUUAGAGGAGUACCCCUCCGUCUCAGACAUCUUCAAGGAGCUGCUACAGAAUGCUGAUGAUGCCAGUGCCACGGAAUGUAGCUUCUUGAUUGACAUGCGGAAAAACCUUGAAAUUCGAGAGAACCUGUUGGACCCUGGCAUGGUAAUUUGCCACGGACCAGCCUUGUGGUCCUUCAACAACUCUGUCUUCUCUGACACUGACUUCCUGAACAUAACCAGGUUGGGGGGGUCAAUGAAAAGAUGUGAAGCAGACAAAGUAGGAAAAUUUGGCUUGGGCUUCAAUUCAGUUUACCAUGUGACUGACAUACCUAUUAUAAUGAGCAGAGAGUUCAUGAUUAUGUUUGACCCCAACAUCAACCACAUCAGCAAGCACAUCAGAGACAGGUCAAACCCUGGCAUUAAAAUAAAUUGGAGCAAGCAGCAGAAACGGUUGAGAAAGUUUCCCAAUCAGUUCAAGCCCUUCAUCAAUGUUUUCAACUGCCAGCUGCCUCUUUCUCAGGAGUCCCCUUACAAAUACAAUGGGACCCUCUUUCGUCUGCCCUUCAGGACUGAGCAGGAAGCCUCUAUGAGCGAGAUUAGCAGCAUCUACUACAACACCACAGACAUCUACUCGCUUGUUGAUGAGUUCAGCAUCUGUGGCCACAGGCUCAUCCUGUUCACGCAACAUGUUGGCUCGAUGGUCCUGAAAUACCUGAAGUAUGAGGAGCCAAACCCUGCAGCCUCGCAAGAUGUCAUCACCAUAAACAAGAGUGUCUGGUCCUCCAAGGCAGCAUAUGGGCCCCUGAGUAUCCUAAAGGCAGCUGCAAAGGUGAUGAAGAAGGUGGCAAACACUAACAGAGUGCCUGCUGAUGUCCCCAAGUCUGGCUGCAUCAUCAGGAUUGUGGUGGAAGAGUUCCAUAAUGUGUUCAAACGCAUUGUAGAUCUCCAGUCCCCUCUCUUCAGAGGCUCAGAUGAUGACCCAUCCUCAUACUUUGAGUUGGCUGCCAAAGGAGGACAGACCAAAAGGCUCACAGAUGAGAUGCCUCAGAAGGCCGUGGAUCUCACCAACUGGCUCAUCUGCUCAUGCAUGGACGUGAAUGAAGCUCUUAAAUUCUCUCUCAGCGAGAGUGGGAGAAGGCUUGGAUUAGUUCCAUGUGGAGCUGUAGCUGUGCUGCUCUCAGAGGGAGAAAAUCGCACCUGGACUGUGAAGACAAACCCAACUCCAAUUGGAGAAGUGUUCUGCUAUUUGCCUCUCAGGAUCAAAACAGGCCUGCCUGUCCACAUCAAUGGCUGUUUUGCUGUGACAUCUAAUCGAAAAGAGAUCUGGAAGACAGACACAAAAGGGAACUGGAACUCAGUCUUCAUGAGACAUGUCAUUGUCCAGGCCUACCUAGCAGCUCUCAGCAUGCUUCGUAAUAUGGCAGAAAGUGGGGAACUGCUCAACUACAGCUACUAUGCAACAUGGCCCGAUCCUGGUGUUGUUCAUGAUGACUUUACACUGAUCAGCCAAGGGGUCUACCAAGAAAUAGCCAAAGGGGGUGACAAUGACAUUGCAAAAGUGUUUUCGGAUGGCACCACCUGGGUUUCGAUUAAGCACGUCCGCUUCCUGGAUGAUUCCUUGUUAUGCAGACCUGACAUUGGCCCUGCAGCUUUCAAGAUAUUCCUGAAAUACCUCAAAAAGACUGGCUCCCAAGACCUCUGCGCUGUCGAGCUGCCAGACUGGGUCAAGGAGGGCUUUGAUGAUGCUGGAUGCAAAGAGAAGCUUAUGGAAAACACACUGACAGAAAAACAGUUCUUCUCGGAUGUCUUUUUCCCCCACAUCCAGGAUAUAGACAAAGAUCUAAGAGACCCACUGAUGCACUAUGUCCUCAAUGAGAAGUUGGAGGAGUUUGCUGCUAUCCUCAAAGUGACACCAUGCAUUCCAUGCUCCAAUCAGACCCACCAGCUCUUUGUUCCUUCUCGCCUCAUUCAUCCAGAAGGAAGAGUCGCUAAACUGUAUAACAGUGAAGAUGGACGCUUCCCAGAGGGAACUACAAGGGACUAUCUUAACCCGGUUUGCCUGGUUAAGUUGGUUCAGCUGGGAAUGGUGAAGGACGAUCUCUCAUGGGAGGACCUGAUCGAACGAUCCGAGUCUGUGGUGAAGCUGAAUGAAAGCGAUCACACAGCGGCAUGUCUCCGAAGCAGCAUUCUGCUCAGCCUUAUUGAUGAGAAGCUGAAAAUAAGUGACCCGAAAACUAACGAGUUACAAGAAAAGCUUCAGAACAUAUGCUUUCUCCCAUUCCUGACAAAGCCAGCUGGAUUCUCAUUGCCAUGGUACGGGAAUAAAUUCCCCCCCUCCACCAUGUUUACUGCCAUAGACCUUUACACCACUGACCACCAGGACACUGUUUGCUUGAUGAAACCCAUACUUAAUGAGAACUCACCAUCUUUCAAAGGAUGUGGCAUGAUCACCUUAGCUGUGAAGGACUUUCUGGGGUUGAUAAAAAAGCCAACAGUCGAACUAGUUGUCAACCAGCUCAAGGAACUGUCAAAGUCAUUUGAUGGAGUUACCUUGUAUCAAGAGAAUAUAACCAAUGCCUGCUACAAAUACUUGCAUGAGGAAAUGUUACAGGAUGACACAGCAAAGGAACAAAUCAUGGAAGACCUCAAAACAUUCUGUUCCAUCCUAGUUGAGAACACUUACGUCAAUCCAUCAAAAGUGGCUUUUUACCUGAACUUUGACUCUGCGCCAUUUCUGUACCAGCUGCCCAACAAGUACAGGAACAGCUGCCGUGAACUCUUCGAAAAUGUGGGGGUUCAGUCAAGCUUCACUGUGGAUAAUUUUGCGGGGGUUCUUCAACUGGUGAAAAAAGAAUGUGGACGAAAAGCACUUUCUGAAGAUAACUUUCAGCUCUGCCGCAGAAUCAUUAGUGAAGGCAUAUGGAGUUUGAUUAGAGACAAAAACCAGGAAUUCUGUCAAAGUAAUUAUGGAGAGAUACUCUUGCCGGACACCCACCUAACAUUACAGACGUCAAAGUCUCUGUGCUACAAUGACUGCCCGUGGAUCAAAGUCAGGGACACUACAGUGAAGUACUGCCAUGCUGACAUUCCAAGAGAAGUGGCAGUUAAAUUAGGAGCUGUACCUAAGCGUCACAAAGCGUUGGAGAGGUACGCCUCCAACAUAUGCUUCACCACUCUGGGGAGUGAGUUUGGUCAGAAAGAAAAACUCACAAGCAGAAUUAAAAGCAUUCUCAAUGCUUACCCAUCUGAAAAGGAGAUGUUAAAAGAGCUCCUACAAAAUGCUGAUGAUGCCAAAGCCACAGAAAUUUACUUUGUAGCUGAUGCAAGGUGCCACCCCAUGGACAGAAUCUUUGAUGACAAAUGGGUGCCCAUGCAGGGGCCAUCACUCUGUGUAUACAACAAUCAGCCCUUCACAGAGGAUGACGUGCGUGGAAUCCAGAACCUGGGACGAGGGACAAAGGAGGCAAACCCAGGUAAAACGGGACAGUAUGGCAUCGGGUUUAACUCCGUUUAUCACAUCACUGAUUGUCCCUCCUUCAUUUCUAACAAUGACAUCCUGUGCAUCUUUGACCCUCAUGCACGUUACGCUCCCGGGGCCACAUCCAUGAGUCCAGGGAGAAUGUUUAGAGAUUUGGACUCUGACUUCAGGAGCCAGUUUUCAGAUGUCCUGAACCUGUACCUGGGGUCUCACUUCAAGCUUGAGCGCUCCACAAUGUUUCGCUUUCCCCUGCGCACUGUAGAAAUGGCCAAAGGUUCAGAAAUAAGCUCAGUUCCAGCCUCAGACAGGAUGGUGCAGAAUCUCCUUGACAAACUGAAGGCUGAUGGAGCAGAGCUCCUCAUGUUCCUCAAUCACAUGGAGAAAAUUUCCAUCUGUGAAAUAGACAGUGCCACAGGAGACCUGAAGGUGCUUUAUUCCGUGACUGCUAAAAUCACGGACGGUGAUCGCCUAAAACGCAAACAGUUUCACGCCUCUGUGGUUGACAGUGUAACAAAAAAGAAACAGCUGACCCAAAUCCCUGUCCAACAGAUAACCUACUCAAUGGACAUAGAAGACUCAGAUGGCAAUUUGACAACAUGGCUGGUGUGCAACAGAUCUGGCUUUUCCAACAUUGAAAAAGUCUCAAAGAGUGUUAUCUCUGCACAUAAGAAUGAAGACAUAACCCUGUUUCCACGUGGGGGUGUGGCAGCUUGUGUCAGUCAUAAUUACAAAAAACCCCACCGGGCCUUCUGCUUUUUGCCCCUUUCUUUAGAGACUGGUCUUCCUUUUCAUGUAAAUGGUCACUUUGCCUUAGAUUCUGCCAGGAGAAAUCUAUGGAGAGAUGACAAUGGGGUUGGGGUGAGGAGUGACUGGAACAACAACCUGAUGACAGCUUUGAUAGCUCCAGCUUACGUUGAACUGUUGAUUCAGCUAAAAAGGCGUUUCUUUCCAGGACCUGAUCCAACCAUGACUGUGUUGCAGGGAACACCAAUCCACAUUGUGAAAGACACAUUGAGAAAAUUUCUCUUUUUCUUCCCUGUAAACAGACUCGACAUUCAACCAGACUGGUAUUGUCUUGUCAAAGCAGUGUACAACUGCAUCCACUCUGACCUGAAACGUCUACUGCCAGUUGUCCGGGCCCCACACAUUGACAACACAGAUAUGCACUCUGCAAUAUACAUCUCCUGGGUGAACACAUCCACUGCAAGUAAAAGCCGUGCUUUCUUUGACAACCUCCUUCAGGACGAACUACAGCAUCUGAAAAAUACAGAGUACAACAUUACCACACGCAAAACAGUUGCUGAAAAUGUGUACAGACUGAAGGCCUUGCUCCUGGAAGUGGGCUUCAACUUGGUCCACAGUUGUGAUGAGACAGCCAGCCUCUACUUCUGCUUGGAGGAUGCUGGUAUCCCAGUGAGCUAUGUGACACCAGAGGACAUUCGAUGCUUUCUUCUUACAUUCUCCUCCCCAGAUUCAAGCUGCCAAGUUGGAAAACUGCCCUGUCGUCUACAGCAGUCAAAUUUCAAGCUUUUCCAUAGCCUCAAGCUACUGGUCGACUACUGCUUCAAGGACAUUGAGGAAGAUGAGAUCACAAUAGAGGGAUUGCCAUUGUUAAUAACCAUGGACAACAUUCUGCAAGUGUUUGAUUCUAAUCGGCCCAAGUUUCUGACUGUGCACCAUGACCUUAUCCCUUCCAGAAAAGAACUGUUCAUGAACACUCUCUAUAUGAGAUACUGCAGUGUCCUCAUGAAAUCUGGUGUGGCAAAGGUCUUUGACAUCAGCAGUUUUGGGGACUUGCUAAGUUCAGCACUGCCAAGAGAAUACCGCACAAAAACCUUUGUGAAGUGGAAAGACAACUUUUCCAGUGAGUCUUGGCUAAAAAAUGUGUGGCACUUCAUCAGUGAGAAUAUCUGCAUCAAAGAAGACCAGACAGAUAUUAAGCCAAAAUUCGAGACAAUCCUGGACAUUCUGAAGGACUGGGCUUUGCUGCCAGGAAUAAAAUUCAUGGUCUCAAGCAGCAAAUUAGUUGUGCCAGAACAUGAUGUUUUGUUACCUCUAAGCCUGAUAUAUGCUGCCAUUUUUCCAAAUGGUCAGAAUGACAAGGUGUUUCACACGCUCAUGAAAGGGGGAUGCAUUCAGCUUGCAGUAAACAAAAUCUCCUCAAAGGAAAAUCCUGUCAUUCAUUUCCUCGCCCAACACACUGCAAACAUAGAGAAUCCCUCCAGCAUCCUGAAAGCUAUAGAGUACAUGAUACAGACUUCAGCCUUUAAGACUGCAGGCUUGACCGACAAGGACUUUGAGGCACUGCUCUUGUAUUUCAAUUGCAAUUUGAUCAGCCUGUCCCCAGAGGAUGUACAGAGUCUGAAGUUGCUGCCUUGCUACAAGGCUGUCAGUGGCCGAUACAUCAGCAUUUCAAGCUUUGGGUCCUGCUACAUUCUGACAAAGAGCAUCCCUUCUACAGAUAUGGAGAAAUGGGCCCACACAACAUCCUCAGCCUUUCUGGUUGAUAAUCCACAGUUGAAAGAACUCUACAGUUUCCUGGGGUGCUCCCCCAUUGAUGACCUGGAAGUCUAUCUAAAGCAUCUCUUGCCUAAAUUUGACAGCCUGUCUUACGAUGCCAAAAUUGAACACCUCAUUUAUUUGAAGGAGCGACUGUUGAGUAUGGAGGAGCCAUGUGCAUUGAAGGAUCAGCUCUAUGAGAAACUGGAGAGCCUGCCAUUGAUUUAUGAUUCCAACAACAGGCUAAAGCCUGCCAAAACAUUUUUUGAUCAGACAGUGAAGGUCUAUGAGGUAAUGCUGCCCAUGAAAUCUUUCAUACCCAGUGAGUUCUUCAAGAAAAUUGAGCAAGCAUCUAAGCCCAAGAAUGGGACCACUUUCCUCACCUCAUGGAUUACUUUCCUGAGGAACAUUGGGCUGAAGUAUGUUGUGUCUCAGCAGCAGGUCCUGCAGUUUGCAAAAGAGAUCAGCAUCAAAGCGCAGACAGAGAGCUGGUCUAAAGAAAAAGCACAGGCUAUUGUGGACAUUCUGCUCAACCACAUCUUCAGUGAAAGGACAGAUCUUUUUGUAGGCACCUUCCUCAAAGAGCUUUCAAUGAUCCCCUUUCUGUGCCCAGAGCGUGCUCCUGCUGAACUCAUCCGGCUUAAUGCUCAAUACCAAGAAAUGGUUGGCACUCUUCCACUAAUACGCUUCAAUGGAUCUCAGGUGAACCCAAAAUUCAAGCAAACUGAUAUCAUCCAGUUGCUUUGGACAUCUUGCCCAAUCUUGCCAGAAAAAGCCACCCCAGCAGGAAUAAAAGACCAGGAAGGGAGCACAGUUUCCAGCCAAGAACAACUGGAUCAAGUUUUGACCAUGUUAAAUGUGAACCUGGAUCCACCACUGGACAAAGUAAUAAACAACUGCAAGAAUAUCUGCAACCUGUCCAACCUUGAUGAUGACAUGGUUAAAACACGAAACAAAGUACUGAGAUGUACCUAUGAGUUUCUUAAUGCUGAUAAGAGGGACUUUCGCUACCAGCUGAAAGGGAUUUCUUUUCUUAUGGUUGAAGAGGGCUGGAAGCUUUUGAAACCUGAGGAAGUUGUCAUAAAUCUAGAUAAUGAAUCAGAUUUCAAACCAUACCUGUACAAACUUCCUUUAGAGCUAGGCACGUUUCACCAGCUGUUCAAACUUCUGGGAACAGAAGAUGUUGUAUCAACAAAACAAUAUGUAGAGGUACUCUGCCGCAUUUACAGAAAUUCAGAGGGCAAACAGCUUGAUCCAAAUGAAAUGAGGACAGUCAAGAGGGCUGUGUCUGGACUUUUCAAAAGUCUUCAGAAUGACCCAGUGCAGAUUCGAAAAGACUUGGAAAACCUCAGAGAUUUGACUUUUUACCUGCCGAGUCACGAUGGCAGGCUGGCUAAAUCAAAUACCUUAGUGUUUGAUGAUGCUCCCCACUACAAGAGCAGAAUCCAGGGCAACUUUGGGGUUCAAAUGCUUGUGGACAUGAGCCAGUGUUACCUUGGCAAAGACCAUGCCUUCCACACAAAGCUGAUCAUGAUGCUCCCUCCCAAGCUUCGGCCCAGACUAUUGAGCAGCAUCCUUGAAGAGCAGCUUGAUGAAGAGACCCCCAAAAUGUGCCAAUUUGGGGCCCUUUGCUCCCUGCAGGGUCGCCUCCAGCUGCUGCUUUCAUCAGAGCAGUUCAUCACGGGUCUCAUUCGCAUCAUGAAGCACGAGAAUGACAAUGCAUUCCUUGUGAAUGAGGAAAAGGCCAUACGCCUGUGCAAAGCCCUUUGUGAAGGCCUUAAAGUGUCCUGCUUUGAGAAGCUGCAGACGACAUUGCGUGUGAAAGGAUGCAAUCCAAUCCCGCACAGCAGGAGUGAGACUCUGGCCUUUCUGAAAAGGUACGGCACUGCAGUCAUCCACCUUUACAUUCAACACUCUGACAGCAAAGACAUCAAUUUCCUCCUGGCCCUUGCUAUGACACUGAAAUCAGCAACAGACAAUUUGAUUUCUGACACCUCCUACUUGAUCGCCAUGCUGGGGUGCAAUGACAUUUACAGGAUUACUGAGAAACUGGACAACCUGGGUGUGAAGUAUGAUUCCACAGAACCGUCAAAACUGGAGCUUCCCCUUCCUGGAACCCCAAUACCUGCUGAGAUUCACCACAUCCUCCUGAUGGACCCCAUGAAUGUGUUUUACCCAGGAGAGUAUGUUGGGUAUCUUGUUGAUUCUGAAGGAGGGGAUAUCUAUGGCACCUACCAGCCAACAUACACAUAUGCCAUCAUCGUUCAAGAGGUAGAAAGAGAAGAGGAAGACAACCCAAGUUUCCUUGGAAAAUGUUUCCAAAUAGAUAUUGGAUAUAGUGAGUACAAAAUUGUAAGUUCCCUUGACUUGUACAAAUUCUCUAGACAAGACGAAAGCACUCAGAUCCGAGACAGUGCCCCUUCCACGCCAACUAGCCCCUCAGAAUGUCCUCCUGGGCCACGAAUGGUUCCUCCUCUUUUCUCAGGAAAGGAGAACCACAGAGCUCCCCCCUCAAAGAUAUCUCCAAAGAAGAUAAAGCCCAACACAUUGCCGGAUAUCCUGAAAGAAGUGACCUUAGUGAUAGAACAAGCAUGGAAGCUCCCAGAAUCCGAGAGGAAGAAGAUUAUACGCCGACUGUACCUCAAGUGGCAUCCAGACAAAAAUGCAGAAAACCUGGACUUUGCCACUGAGGUCUUCAAGCAUCUGCAGAAUGAGAUCAACAGGAUGGAGAAACAGUCACUGGCAGACCUGGCCGCAGACAGAGCAUCCAGGAGGCCCUUCUCCACCUCCUCCACUCGCUUCCAAUCAGAGAAGUUUUCAUUCCAGAGGUUCUACACAUCGUGGAAUCAGGAAGCCACAAGCCAUAAGUCAGAGAGACAGCAGUUUAGAGAACAGUUCACAAGCUAUGCAGGGUCAUCGCAUUCCAACCGCUUCUUUGUGCCCCCGUCUUUCAAGUCCGUCGGCAAUCCUGUGGAGGCAAGGAGGUGGCUCAGACAGGCUAGGGCCAACUUCUCCGCUGCCAGGAAUGACCUCCAUAAAAAUGCCAAUGAGUGGGUGUGCUUCAAGUGCUACCUGGCCACUAAGCUGGCUCUGAUCGCAGCCGACUACGCUGUGAAGGGGAAGUCAGACAAGGAUGUGAAGCCCACAGCGCUUGCACAGAAGGUGGAAGAGUAUAGCUCACAGCUGGCUGGGCUUGCAAAGGACGUCCACAUUCUGGAGGGCUAUGGCGUGGACAGCCUGAGGACGCGGUACCCGGACCUUUUGCCCUUCCCCCAAAUCCCCAACGACAGGUACACGUCCGAGGUGGCCAUGAGAGUGAUGGAGUGCACUGCCCGGAUCAUCAUUAAAUUAGAGACCUUUGUUCAGCAGAAAAUAUAGACUCUUUGUUGUUUUAGUCCAGUUAAAUAAUAUGUAAUAUGUUAGAACCUCCAGACAAUAGAAAACCUAGCGGCUGUGUGCAAUGUUGAUGAAUAUAUUAUUGUGUUGAGGCAGAAUUAUGUAUCCAGCUGGCAGCUUAGAUAAGCAGUGUUGGUACUCUUAAGCCCACGCACAAUAUUUCAAUGUAUGGCUGCUUUAUAUCCAAAAACAAGCUCUCUGAACCUAACAAUAUAUUGCUGAUAUUUUAACUUCUACAAAGACAGAAUUAGCUGCAUUGCUGUACAUAAGAUACCCCCCAGCAAUACUUUUUUUUAAACCAAAGUCCCAUGAUAUUUAUACCUCUGCUCUCUGGAAAAUAAAUAUAAAUAUGCUGCUUUUUUACUUUACCUUUUAUAAAAGUGCAUUUUCCUUUUCAUAAACCAGAUGUUAAGUGUAUUUAGAUUUCUUACCAUCAAGAAACAAGACAGACCUGUCAUUUUGAGGAAAAGCAAGUUUCAUGUUAUGGAACGUCAAUGCAAUAUCUUAGUGGCAAGACCUAAAAAAUGGACUAACAGAGUAAAUACAAAUCCUUGUUUAUGUAUUUUUAAGAGGUGCGUUCAUAUCAACUGUUCUUUUUUCUCAGAUUAUCUGCAACCUGUUGUAAAUUAUGUGUAACAUACAGUAUCUUAUUGUUUAUAAAUCAACCAGACUCUGACACACCUCUUGACUAUUUUGCACUUGCGCCUGUGUCUCUCCCAGAGGCUGGGGGAAUCACUGUGUGAAUUACAGCUCUGAAUGUCACAAGACACCUUCUCGCUGUAGUGCAUCUGAAACUCAUGUGUUGAAUUUGUUUUGUUUAAUCUUAAAAGCAAGCAAAAAUGUAUGUAUAUCUUUGCUCUGUUCAAUGUUGGGGUGUCCAGUAGUUGGAGCACAGUUAUUUGACAUAUCGCCCUGUUCUCUAUUUUUAUUGCUGAGAUCAUUUCUGUUCCUUAUGUUCUGAAAUAAAAUGUCAGUCUUUAACAGAACCAAUGCUAGGAUAGAAAAUAGUGACAAAAUGUGUCAGUGGCUAUAGCAGUCACACUCCUGGAUGGCUUGAGGCCUGUAUAUUUUUGUGGAUUUCCUUUCAAUCUGCAGCCGGUCUUGGCAUUGGAAACACAUUAUGCAGAUGAGAAUAAUUGACUUAAAUUACUCACUUCUGAAACGCCAGAAAUCAGCACCAGAAAUCACGUCCACAAACCUGGGCUAAUGUAUACUGCUCUGUGUUUCAAAGCCUAAUUUAAAGUCAAGUUGUAAUCUCAGGCACUGUUAGUGGUCACAAACGAAAAAAACCAGAUUUUACAAUGGCAUGGAAAGAUCUGGGCACCCUUGGUGUUUCAUUGAUUUUGUAAGUAAAUGGAAGUUAACGCAAUUUGCAAGAAAUGUCAUAUUUAAGUUUGUACCCUGCUGACGUUCAUUUCUUUUCACUUAAAGAUUUUAAAAAAACAUUCAAUUUGACCAAAUUAAUGCCAGUAUUUAUCCACCCAGUUUUUCCUCUAGUCCAACUCCAUUGCAGCUGCUCCAGGCUCAGUUUUGAAUGUUCUCUUCAUUAUUGAAGAACAUGGCAGGUUGUGUUCCUUUAAAACAAUGUCUAUUCUGCUGUAUAUUUUAGUACGGCAUUGAGCUGGAAUUAUCACAGCACAGUCAAACACUGGCGAGAAUGUGGGGUGCUGUUCAUCUGCUUGUCUAUCUUUUGAUGUGCAUGUGUGACACAUCUUAUUUUUACCAGCCAUAUUUCAUGUUUUCAGACCUGAUUUAUUCUCUGACUCAUCUGCAAUGGCUUCAUGACGAGAUGCUGGUGAGAGGCUUUCCAUCUAUCAUAGUGAAAUGUGAAAUCCUUGUAUACCUUCCUGCUGAUGUACACAGUGCCAUAGUUGUAAUAAAUUCCCCCUGAAAACUGAAA